CUCACCCGUCCUACUCCUUCCCAUACCAUGGGAAACUUUACGUUUUUCCCUCUUCUGCUUCGAAACUGUAAAAGGCUAGUGCCCAGUAGCUAUAUCGAGCAUUAUGCAUGAACACCAGCUUUGAUAAUUCCUGAAGAAACUGGUAACUUUUAGCCCAGAAACCUGAUGGGUUCUCAUGCCAAGGCAUGGCUCGUUGAAGACGAGAGUGCAAGAGAAAUGUUAGACAGGGUCCUAACGGAGCGCCCCUUCUUGCUUCUUCCUCCACUUCACAGGGUCCCUCUACGUGUCGGUAACGUUGUUGAGCUUGUAGGCCCUUCUUCUUCUUCGAAAACCCACAUCUUAAUCCAGGCUGCCAUCACUUGUAUACUUCCCAAGCUGUGGAAAGGGGUCAGUUAUGGUGGAUUGGGGCAUUCCGCAAUGUUCAUUGACUUGGAUUGUCGAUUUGACGUUUUACGUUUCUCGGAAUUGCUAAACCAUAGAAUCAUGGAAGCAGCUAAUGGAUCAAGCAGUAAAGUAGGUUGUCACGAAAAGGAUUCUGAAGCUCAGUUUGCAAGAAUGAAACCUUAUAAUGAGGAAUUGUUUGCUUUAUGCAUGAAACGGUUUUUGUACAUCCGUUGUUAUGACAGUUCUGAGUUUCUUGCGACUCUCAAGACAUUACACUAUCGGCUUCAAAAGGAAAGGGAAGUACAUGGUGUUAAUGUUCAUUUGCUGUUGAUUGACAGCAUUGGAGCAUUUCACUGGGUAGAUCGUGGUUCAUCAUCUUUUCCACUGGAGUGUGAUAAUAGGAAAAGCUGGCAUCUCCAAAAUGUGUCUGAAGCUGUAGUUCAAGAGAUUAGAAGGCUCCUAUUAGUGCAUCCCAUGCUUGUGAUGGCUACCAAAGCAGUUGUCUUAGGCAACAAAUAUUCAACAAAUGAAUUAACGUGAAAAUGGUCUGCAGUGGAUAACCCGUAUUCAAGAAAUAUAACUAGUGAUCAGCAACUUCCAUAUCGUGAGUAUAUGCCCGCUGCUUGGCAGGUAAUGCCUUAUAAGUAGGAUACUUCUCCCGUGUUAUGGUAUUUUUGAGGAGACAUGCAUGAAUCUUGUCAUAAGCUGACUUUUGUUUUUUAGUUCAAGUUUGCUAGUAGUCCCCAUGCUUAGUCGGGUGUUCUGAUCAGUCCUUUUACAGUCAUUAAUGUCAUUUCAAAUUUUAUGAACUCUAGAUUACCUAAACAUUUUAAAAGUAUAUGAUACAAGAUUAUUCCAUUCUUAAACGUUGAAUACUGAUGAAAGUUUCACAAGUAAAACUUAAGUGACAGGAUGUUAACUGUGCACGUGUUUACAACUUGCUUAUUCCUCAUCUGGUGUUGCUUUUUAGAAAUUUUGGAAAAUGUUAGGAUCAUGUUCUUUGAACUCGCGCUUUCUCAAAUAGACAAACAACAGCACCUAGUUGCUUGUCUUUGAUAAACCAUUCCGAGGUAUGACAUGCCAUGAAAUAUUAAAUUGAUAUCCUUAAAAGUGUAUUAAGAUAUGGUGGAGUCGCUGUCUUUUUUUUUUGUUAAAUAAAAUUCAGAGUAGGCAUACAAGGGAUUCAUGCUACCAUUUUCUUAAAUAUGACUACCUGUAGAUUCUUUUAAUUAUGAUUUCUUUCU